AUGCAUGAUGGGCGUACUGCCCUGGGGGCCUUGCCCAAUGCCAUCAACUCGCCAAACGGUCUUCCCGCAGCCAAACAGUCAGCGAGCGCAAGCAAGAAGCGCAAGUCCACUGAGAGCCAUACGCCUAUUCCCCUGCCCUCCAUGAACAACUCUACGGGCCCGGCCGAUGUUCCUGCAGAGGAUGAGGACUGUGAUCAACUCCGCAGCAGGAUUAAUAAUUUCUUCGUGGCUAGCGGCAUGACCAAGACUGCAUUUGCGCGUGAGUUGGGCAUCGGCGUGUCGUCCCUGAGCACCUUCCUCGCGAAGGAGGGCCUGCACAACGGCGCCGGGUCAGUCGCCUAUCGCUCCGCGCGAGACUAUUUCCACAAACGCGGGCUUUCCGAGGCCGUGGCCGCCCCCAGUGCCAAGAAGGCCAAGACCAGCAACAACAGCAAGAACUCCUCGGGUCCCAGUAGUGCCGCUGCACCGUUCUCCAAAGGCAGCAGCACAGCAGUCAAAGUGGCGGCGGCUCAAGCCUACGAUGUCAGCAACGUCUACAUGGAUGGCCAGGAGGACGACGACGUGCCCGUCUUUGACACCUGUGACGAAAUUCGGCGCAAGAUCAAGGCACAUCUCAAGCGGCCUGGUGUCACACAAGCCCAGCUUUACCGGGAAAUCUACGGGCAGCUUUAUGGGCCCUCCCGGCCGGAUAAGCCCUUCGCGGGUGGGCAGAUGGCAAACUUCCUCAAGGCGAAGGGCCCGGCGGCGGGCGCCAAGUUGCCACUUUUUUACGGCGCCUAUGUGUAUUUUGAGAAAUUGCGGGUGAAGGAAGGCAAGCCUAAGUCAAAACAUCGGCUGGGCAUGGAAGAGGAGUGGGGCCGUAAUGGCAUGGAGCUGUCGUAUGAUCAGCGGACUCCGUAA